UGGAUGGCGCUGACAAAAUGACGGAGAGGUUAUAAAUAACAGACCCAUCCGUUAAUAUACCCAAGUAAUAGCAGACCGCUUUACCUGUGCCUCCGUUGAUAAACGUAACUGCGCAAUAGGGUAUUACACAGCAGCGAGGAGGUGUGAGCCGGAGGCAUGCGAGGCGUCACAAUGGUGAAGCUAGGCUUGGUAGCUGCACUGAUUGUACUCCUGUCGCUCCUGGUACAGGGGCGACACAGGUCUUUAAAGACAUGCGCACCAGGAAAAGAGCUGAGGAAGAAUGGUCAACAAGAAUGGAAAUGCAAACGAUGCAAAGAUGGCUCCUUCUCCCAUGGUGGCUCUGAACCACGGUGCAAGCACUGUCGCACGUGCACCCACGGGUACAGGAAGAAGUGCAGCAGAAAGAAGAAUGCAGUUUGCAAAAAAUUGUCAUUAGCAGACUGUAUACGGAUGUGGCCACAACACCAGGAAGUCAGAAAGGAAUGUCGCGGCCACAUGAAAGUGCUCACGCAAAUCUUAGGACUGAAGUGCCAGGGAAAGGGCAUGGAAAAGAAACACUGCAUGCGGAAGAUGAUGAAAAAAUCUUACAAUAUGAAUACAAUUCAGCAAGGAGUACUUUAGUAAGUACACCAACAUCACGACCACCACCACCAAACAUUUCAACUACAACACCAACAGCAACAACAACACCAGCAGCAGCAACAACAACAACAGCAACAACGGUAGGAAGUACACCUACAGUCGUCAGUUCCUACUCAACACUGGCACUAUCUGCAUAUAACGAAGCAAACUACGAAGAGCAGGAAUCAGGAACGCAGCCGCCUGAGCCUGAGGAGACCAACUACGUUUACUUGGCAGCUGGUUUAGUGUGCCCGGUUGUCCUUCUGGUACUCAUUGUAAUACUGUUAAAGAGGCAUCAUGUUAAACAUCAGAUGUUGAAGGACAGUUCCACACAACACGAACGGGCACUGGACGGUAAUGUAUAUUCCUCGGAUAGAUCAAAUUUGGAUGAAAGUCUGCAAACUACAUCGACCCAGGAUAUUCCACCCAGUUAUUGCCGGUUUCCUCAAUUAUCACGCCUGCAAACACGAACAGAAACAUCUACAAGUCAGCGGGAGUGCGUUGAUGACGACCGACAGAUGAAGUUAGCUCGCGAUUUGCCUCACAUGGUAUCCAAAGAGUGCGAUCCUGACAGGCAAUGGAAAAACUGGGCUCUUUCGUUGCCUUUACGCAGACCCUGUCCGCAAGCAGCUACGGUGCGUCAAUCUUACUCCGAAGGUGUCCUUCGGUAUCCGAUGUAUGGCAGUUGCAGUGAAACGUUAGCAAGUCCUUUGCAUGACAUUUCAGAUGCUGAGGAUUGUCUUACUUCAGUGAUCUCAGGUGCAAACCUGUCACUGUCUGGACACCACCCCGACACCCCGGUCAGGUCCCCAGCACUAGGAACUGGAGGGGAUGACACGCCGGUCAGGUCCCUAGCUGCAGAAACUGGAGGGGAUGACACUCCGGUCAGGUCCCUAGCAUCAGGAACUGGAGGGGAUGAACGUACCAGUCGUGACACUUUGCUGCAGAGUGACAUCAGCCAAACCUCAUCUGAAACAGAAGAUGAGGAUUUCUCGGCUGAUACUGACAGCCACAGCAGUGAAGGUUCUACUCAGGUAACGUCGCCAGCUGAAAUCUGCUGGCUAAAUAACUGCACUAGUACGAACAGUAGCAUACCUUCUACCCGGCUCGAUAAUUUCUCUAAUAACCUGGACUAUCAGAAACACCUAAACGUCAGACCCGAAAAUGUUUAUGGAAAUCUAUUCACAUCAAAAGGGACACAAACAAAGUAUAAUCAUGAAAACACAAGAACAAUAUUCGGAUACGAAUGGAACAAAUCUGCUGACUUUACAUCCAUGGGAGGACUUCUAGCUAUUCCAAAGUCGGACAUAACCCUCGAGGUUCCAAGGGACGCCGUACCCAAAGGGGAGAGUGUGUGUGUUCAGGCGUUUGUCAGUCCGGAGUUCCACAACCUUCAACCCUUCAUGGACGAUGACGAGGUUGUUGUAUCCCCAGUUGGUGAAUUUCAAAUGUCGUGCAAGAGGAAGUGGUACAGACACGUCAAGAUACAUAUACCAUGCAUCCAGAGGAACCCAAAAGAAACUUUCAGGGUUAGAUUCUUCCAGAAAGAUUCUUCUGGCAAUGUGGAGUUUGGCGAUGUUCCCGUGAAGGAGGAUGGAUUAAACCAGGAACUGUAUUACGUCAAAAAGGAAAAUCAUGUAGAGAUCUUCACCGUGCAUUUCACUGGCUUCUUCUGUUCUGUCUGCGGACACACCUGCCCCCUUGACCUUCUGGCCCUGGUGUUCGGGUGUUACGGUCGCCAUGGCAACGAGGCCUGGAUCACUCUGGUUGUAGGGGACCGCAGGAACAGCAUCCCAGAAGUCAGACAGAAAAUCAUUGACAAAGAGAAGGCUCUGAAUGGCAGUGAGCUGGUGGCUGAACGCCCGGUACGUCUGGUGGAGACGUAUGACUGUCAGAGUCGGCUGAUGUUCACACUCCAUGUCCGGAGUCACGCCGAGAUGUGGAGGAACGCUGACACGGACUCCGGGGAUCAGCAGGUACGGCGACUGCGGGAACUGAUCAGGUGCAGCUGCUCCAAACAACACAAUGUGACAUCUUCCGAGUUUGAAUCCCAUCACCAAUGUGAGGACAACUUGCAGUGGGUGUAUUCAUGUGGUGAUCCGCCCCCCGACACCUUCUCGUGCAAGAUCCUCGUGGAGCACCUUCUGAAUGGGGAUGUUGUCACUCCGAGGCACGACGCAUGCAAGGAAGGCGUGACUAGCAUCAUUGUUCUACCUGUGAAACUGCAACGCCCUCAGCACUUUGAACAGAUGAAAAGCCAAGACGUCCUCCCACCGAUGGGUUUUGGCGAGCUCACCAGUUCAAGGAAGCCACUAUUUUCUCACGGCACUACCUUCUCUUCCACUAGACCGGUUUAUACCCGGACUGUCGACAACAACAAAUAAUCCGUCCAAAUUACCUGUCGACAGUCCGGGUAAAGGGAGAUGAAGUUCUACAUGAGUGACUUCACGCCCAGUGUUCUUGAAAUUAACAAACCAAUUAAAACAGAGUGCGAUAUAUAUAGUAGACAAUAUAUUUAUUUAGUCAAUAUAACAACAUGUAUGUAUC